GGACAUUCAGACUUGUAUAAACCCGCAAUUUCCUCGAAAUUCCUUGACAUAUUUCUAUAUUUGAAUUGUCAUAUACGUAUUACAUUUAAGAGAACAAGUGAGUCUCGAAUGGAGCGAUCCACAAAGUAACCGGGUACUACACAUGUAGUCCUAUUACACGGGCAUAACCUUAAUUAGAUACAGAAACGGCAAGGGGUUUAGCAGGGAUCGACAGCGCUAGAGGACCCUGUCCGGCCUGUCAAGGGAAAUCACGGUCAUAUCCAUUUAAAAAGUGUCAAGACGCGUACAAUAGUAAGUACAAUACAAUACUAAGGAAACUUCUACAACUAUUAAAUGAGAAGAACCUCAUCUCACUAUGGCUAUCGAUGAGUCCCUUAAAGAAAGUUACGAGGAGAAACAGCAUCAGGCCGCCUAUGUCUUCGACCCCUUAGAAGAGGCUGAAGGCGCAAAUCGGCCUGCCAAAAGGAGAAGAGUGUCGAAGAAAGCAAGCAAACCGGAUACUGAAGAGGCCGACUCCUGGCUAACUUUCCAGCCCCUUUUUGGUGGUUCUGAAGAUGAACACUGUGUCCGUCUUCGCCAACUGUUAUUUGAGAAGUCAUGGUCCCAGAUUGACGAGAGGAUUCAACGCAUACUCCGAAUGACAAAUCAGUCUACACUAGAUGAAGUCACUUCGUUCUUACAGGCCACUCCGGACCAUGCAUCUACCGGCAAAAUACCUUCCGCCUUCAUUAUCACCGGUCCCAACUUGGCCUCUCAGGACCUCCUAUUUGAGCAACUCUCGGAAUCGUUGCAACACCAAGUAGAUGCGAAGGUAGUUCGACUUAGAUCCGGCGACGCAUCCAAUUUAAAAGCCGUCUUGAAAAAGAUUAUACAGGGUGUCACGGCGAGGGAGACAAGUGACGAAGAUGAUUUAGAAUUAGCCGCAGGCAAAGAUGGCCGCAAAUAUCUGAAUUAUGACCUUGAGGCUCUCUAUGCCCACCUUAAGUCUAACCCUCGCCGCCACAUCAUCAUUGCCUUUCAAGAUAGUGAAGCUUUUGAAAGUGGUCUGUUAUCGGAUCUCAUCUCACUCUUCAGCUCCUGGCUCGAUCGAAUCCCAUUCGCACUACUUUUUGGAGUAGCUACAUCCGUAGAGCUGUUCCAGGCGCGUCUCCUUAAGUCUACUUGUCAGUGCCUCUAUGGAGACCAAUUCGACGUUGAACAAUCAACAUCAAUUAUCGACAAGAUUUUCAAGGCAGCCAUCGCACACUCUGAGGUUCCAUUGCGGCUAGGUUCUUCCUUAGUGUACAGCCUGCUGGAUCGUCAACGAGAUCAGGUAUCGAGCAUACCAGUAUUCGUGAGUUCCUUAAGAUACGCCUACAUGUGUCACUUCUAUGCAAAUCCCUUGACGGUCUUCUUAUCCGAUAACAUAGAUUCCGAAAUAUUCCAGGAAGAACACAUAGAAACAGUUCGAUGCUUGCCAUCUUUUCGCCGAUCUGUAGAAAUAGCUAUUGAAAAGGGCGAAGUCAAGCAGGCCAGGUUACUUCUUGAUGAUGACCAACAUCUACGGACACUCGUACAAAAUUCACUUCAGGACUCCCGUCGGUGGUCAACAAAUGUUCUGCGCAAGCUGAAGGUAUUUACUGCCAUCAAGAAUGUGUCUACUGAUUUCACGAGGCUCUACUUAGAAGCUGUUUCUCACGGGAUCAACUCCGAUCAAAUCACCGAGUUCACAGGUUCGAUAAAACGGGCGCAACCCGUCGAAACUGAAGCGUUUCUAUGUCAGGUAUUAUACGAUAUCAAGAACGGCGACCCAAGUCUUGGUUUAGAUCCGUGGGCCAGUGAAGUUGAGGAGUCAGUUUCACUACUCACUAACAUGUUAGCCGAGGUGAAAGCCUUGCAAGCCGAUGCCGAAGAUCAAGGCAACGUCCUCCGGAGUAAAUACAGCGGGCAAACCAAAGUAUUAAGAACUACUGUGAUUGCCCAGAAAGUUCAGCUCAGCCAUGACACGGCGGCUCUCACGGAAGAAGAUAUAUCCUAUACCAAUUUGAUGGACAAGCUCGUGGGACACUUGGAAGAAAUGCUGCCAUGCGACAACGCAAAGGACUUGUGUUUUAGUGAACUUUGGUUCUUUGACUCCAAGGCGCCGUAUAAAGAUGUGUUUAUCCCGCGGCCACGAGGAGUAGUCGAGCGAGCAUUGUCAAGGCCCCACGACUACCUCAAUUGUUCGUGCUGUGAAACAAAGGGAGACAGCGCUAUUCCGUCCUUCCCGACAACCGCCGUUCUAUAUCAACUCUACUCUGAGACCGGUUCUCUCAUCAACGUUGCCGAUCUCUGGUCUGCUUAUUACGCGAUUGUUGGCGAGGAAAAUGAAGAGGGGCUGGACGAGCGGGCCGCGCUUGUUUUGUUUUAUCGUGGGCUGGCCGAAAUGAGGGCGAUGGGCUUUGUCAAGCAGAGCAGGAAAAAGGCAGAUCACAUUGCGAAACUUGCUUGGAAGGGGCUUUGAAGAAAAAGGAGCGUGCAAACUCGGGCCGUCGAAGAAGAGUCAUAAAAAUAGCCUUGUGUUUGUUCGGGCGUAGCCGGUGGGAGCUGACUUUGACACAAUGACUGUUGUAGCUAGGACGAAUCGACAGUUUGCUAACUAAUUCUCAUUUACCAAUGGAUAUUUUCCAAUGUCUUUGGAUUAUCUUAAUAUAUGAAAGACUUCAAAAGUCUAAGACAAAAACUGCGUUUAAACCCAUGACGGCGCUAGAGAACAAAGAACCGAGAAUUGGGGCCACCCCGUUCAGGAACGUCGGCAACAGACAAAGAGUGUCGUUGCGAUCCUCGUAC